GGCCUCCCGGCGCCCGGACCGUCUCCCAGGGUCCUGCUCUCCACCGCGGCCCGGUGAAAGGAUGAGCCUGCCGAACGCCACGGCCGUGACCCCGCUCCUGGCCAGGCUAUGGCGAGAGACGGCCCACGCGGGCGGCAACGCGUCCGGCCCCGCCCGCCGCGCGCCGGGCGGCACCGGCGGGAUGGAGGCGCUGUACAUCCUCAUGGUGCUCGGCUUCUUCGGCUUCUUCACGCUGGGCAUCAUGCUCAGCUACAUCCGCUCCAAGAAGCUGGAGCACUCGCACGACCCCUUCAACGUGUACAUCGAGUCCGACGCCUGGCAGGAGCAGGACAAGGCACUGCUGCAGGCCCGCAUGCUGGAGAACUUCCAGGCCUGCUGCGUGCUCCGGAACCCGCAGGCCGUGGAGCGGCCCCAGGCCCACCUGCCCCGGGCCGCGCCCUCGCCCUGACGGGCCGGGGGCCGGGGCGCUGGGCGGGGCCUCCCGGACGGCCC